CUAUUAAUAAAAGGCGUUGCCCAAGAGCAGACCCCCAGGAUCUCUCUCUCUCUCUCUGGAGUGGAGUCUUAAAUCUGCAGUAAGAUGUGCGGAGGGGCUAUCAUCUCCGAUUUCAUCGCCGCGAAGCGUGGUCGUAAGCUGACGACGCAGGACCUUUGGUCGGAAUUCGAUACCAUCUCCGAUCUCCUGCUCAAAGACUCGUUGUCUUCUUCUUCUUCUUUGACGGAGUUGGAGAAGAAAACGCAACCAAAUGGAGGGACGACGGGUGGUAAUAACAAGAGUACUAAAAAGACGAACACGGUUGGAACAGAUCAAGAAGGGAAGAGCAAAAAUAAGGAAACCCGAGCUCGAAAGAACAUUUACAGGGGUAUCCGACAGAGGCCGUGGGGGAAGUGGGCUGCCGAGAUACGCGACCCACGGAAGGGCGUCCGUGUGUGGCUCGGUACUUACAACACCGCCGAAGAGGCUGCUAUGGCUUACGACCAGGCGGCCAAGAGGAUCCGAGGUAACAAAGCGAAGCUCAACUUCUCUGAAAUGAAGCCUGAAUCGGUUCCAUCACCACAACCACCACCAGCCAAGAGACGAUGCUGUUUCGUCCCCGACUCAGUCCAGAAGAGUUUUCCGGCCACAGAAGGAGAAUCGGAUACUAUCACGGCCACGUCAUUUUCUUUCAAAGCGGAAAUAUUCUAUAAUCAACACACCAAUAGUAAAGUCGAACUGAAAGAACAGAUUUCUAACUUGGAAUCGUUCCUGGAGCUUGAGCCUGAAGCAGCGGAGUCGGUGGGGAGUGUGGAACCGGAAGCAAUGGAUCUUUGGCUAUCGGGAGACGUUCUCAUUACUCCCCAUCGUCUCGUUUACUGAAGUGGAGUCAUUUUCCCAAUGAGUGUGUGUGUGCAUGUGUCUGUCUGAAUAUGUGUGUUCGUACCAGUGUUUCCUUAUUUUGCUACAGUUUCGACGUUGCGCAUAUGUAAACCACAUAUAUAAAUCUCUCUCUCUCUCUUUGAUAAUUGAUUCAUGAAUUGUGGAGGGUUGGGGUGGUUGCGUCAA